CGCGGCUGCCGAGGGCGGUAAAGCCCACGGCAUCUGCCAUUUGUCACUCAGCCCGUUGGUACCGCCCCAAGCCUUCAUUUAGACACGUCUGGGGCGGAUUCUCGCCUCACUCUCUUGGUGGACGGACAGACGAUCGGACGGGGCAGCUCCCCCCUCGUCCUGCAGACAGCGGGCCUUGGCGCGCGGGGCGCUUCCCCGGCUUGCCGUCAUGGCCGCGGAGGCGGCACGCCCGAGCUGCCUCGCCUGAGUUCCUGGGGGCUCUCGACCCCGAAGGCUUUACGACCGACAGAGUUUAUCCAGGUGUGGACAUUUCAUUUUCCUGGACUGAUUGUGUUUCCUGGAUCUAAGAUUGUUCCUGCUGGAUUGAUAGCAUAGUCAUCAUUGGCUUUUGAUUGCUUUCACGUCUGAUGUGGCCCGUUUCACAUCACAUCUAAAACUCCUUUGUACCUCAGACUCAGAAAGGUAUUUGCAUAGGAGUCAGAGGAGUUAAUCUUUUGGUGUCAGUGGCUAAACUCUAAUUCGGAAGAGGAGCCCGGAGUCCGGACUGAGCUGUGUGGAGUGCCUGCUUUAGAACAGGGCUCUUCAGGGGGAGCUGCAAGACACCAAGGCAAGAGGUUUGAAUCCUCAACCUGCAAGGAUCCGCAGACGCCUGCGAGGACCCCGUGACCAUCUGAACACUGACGUUUCCUGUCACCCAGUAGACAGUCUGGUGUUCCAGGACUAGCCCUGGCUCUAGUGAUGCAGAUUACCUUUCUACUCCUGGAAUCUCAUCUGUGCCUCAGACUUUCUCCUCCCAGCUUGAGACUGCACAUACACUAGGAUGUGGGACGGCAGGAAGCAGAGCUAGUGGUCCCCGAGAGGCCCAGGUCUGGGUAGAACCAGGCCCAGGACGCUGCCUUUCCCCUGAGCUGGAGUUCAGCUGUGGGGGUUCGGCGCAUGUGCUCUGCACCAUCCUUCUAUCUGUGCUUAAAUGGCACAGCGUUUGGUCAGCGCCUCUGAAAAGGAAGGUGCGAGAAGCAAAGCCCAUGGCCACCUACCCCUGCCAAUUAUGUGGCAAGAUGUUCCUCACCCUGGAGAAGUUCACUAUCCACAAUUAUUCUCACUCCAGGGAGCGACCUUACAAGUGCUUGCAGCCAGAAUGUGGCAAAGCUUUCAUUUCCAGAUAUAAAUUAAUGAGACACAUGGCUACCCAUUCGCCCCAGAAGUCUCACCAGUGUGCUCACUGUGAGAAGACAUUCAACCGGAAAGACCACCUGAAGAACCACCUCCAAACCCACGACCCUAACAAAAUGGCCUUUGGGUGUGAGGAGUGUGGGAAGAAGUACCACACCAUGCUGGGCUACAAGAGGCACCUGGCCCUGCACGCGGCCAGCAGUGGCGACCUCACCUGCGGGGUCUGUGCCUUGGAGCUGGGGAGCACAGAGGUGCUGCUGGAUCACCUCAAAGCCCACGCCGAAGAGAAGCCCGCGACUGGAACCAAGGAAAAGAAGCACCAGUGCGACCACUGUGAGAGAUGCUUCUACACCCGGAAAGAUGUACGGCGCCACCUGGUGGUCCACACAGGCUGCAAGGACUUCCUGUGCCAGUUUUGUGCCCAGAGAUUUGGGCGCAAAGACCACCUCACACGCCAUACCAAGAAGACACACUCACAGGAGCUGAUGAAAGAGAGUCUGCAGUCUGCAGACUUUCUGAACACCUUUCACUCCAUCUCUCCCCAGUUUCAACUGAAGGCUGCCCCACUGUCUCCUUACCCGAUAGGAGCUCCUACACAGAAUGGGCUUGCCGGCGGCUUGCCCCCUGAGAUGCAUGGCCAUGCGCACAGCCCCCCAGAGCAGGCCUGCCCUCCUAUGCAGCCUCUGCCAGAGGGCCUUGUUCCCCUGCACCCCAUAGCACCUCCCAGCUCUCCCCCUGCACCCCUCCAGAAUCACAAGUACACAGGUUCUACCUCAUACUCCCCACUUGCAAACCUGUCCCUCAAAGCAGAUACUAAAGGAUUUUGCAAUAUUAAUUUGCUUGAGGACUUGCCUCUGCAAGAGCCUCAGUCUCCUCACAAGCUCAACCCAGGUUUCGAUCUGGCUAAGGGCAGUGCUGGUAAAGUGAACCUGCCCAAGGAGCUGCCUGCAGAAGCCGUGAACCUAGCAAUACCUGCCUCCCUGGACAUUUCCCCCCUUUUGGGCUUCUGGCAGCUGCCCCCCCCUGCUACCCAAAAUGCCUUUGGGAACGGCCCCCUCGCCCUGGGGCCUGGGGAUGCUCUGCCCCACAGGCUAGGCUGUCUGGGGCAGCAGCAGCAAGACCCCUCCCUUGCCAUGAGCACUAUGAGCCUGGGCCAGCUCCCCCUGCCACCCAUUCCCCAUGUUUUCCCAGCAGGCACCAGCUCUGCCAUCCUGCCUCAUUUCCAUCAUGCAUUCAGAUAAAUGAUUUUUAAAGCACACUUUUCUCAUUCUGGAAGAUGGUUUAAGCAGCAUUGUAAACGUCAGUUAUACUACAAGGGAAUAUUUGGAAAGCAGGACUGGGAGUAUGGCUUAUUUAGUAAUGACUAGCUUGAGAUAAAGUUCUCGAACUGCAUGUAUCGUGCCAAUCUGUCCUGAGUGUUCAUGCUUUGUACCAAAUGUAGUAAGCAAGUAUUCUAUAAUGGAACUGCAACUAUUGUCUUAGCCGAUGUUUGAACGAGGGCUGUUGUCCCUAAGUGUCUGUCAAACCACAUUCAGUCGGAAGCCAUGAUCAUCACAAUGUCGACUGAGUAACUCUGUGGCUCUGCCUAGUAAGGGGACUCUGGGAAGGUUUGGAUUUCUCCAAAACGGGAGCAUUUGCUGAAUACAAAAAUAACCUUUAUAUUGCUUAUUGUAACUAGGCUGUGUAUUUCUUUUCAGGGAUUUUUCUACCUUCAGGGUUGGAUGUAGUUUAGUUACUAUUGCCAUAGCCAACCUGUAGUUUUAUGGAAACAGUUUCUUGUGGAAUAAUAGAUGUCUUCAUUUUAAACAAGCAUUUUAAACAAGCAUUUUAAACAAGCAUUUUAAAUGUAGUUUGAAUAUUUUCCACAAGACGCUACAAUAUGAGUUAUCACUUCAUUUAUCUUAAAGACUAAACUGGUUGUGUCAGUUACAUCUGAUGGAAAAAAUCACUGUGUAACCAGGCUCAGUGGUAAAAUAACCCACGCGUCAGUCAAAAAAGCAUUUUGCUGACUUUAAUAUUGAUUAUAUUUUUAACCGGAAGUUAAGAAAUAUUACUGGAAUUUAAAUAUAUAUAUAUAUUAAACAAGAAUUUUCUUUGCUCUGGCUUAAAAUACUACUCUGCUUAAGUAUAUUUUUAAUCAUCAGUAAAUAAAUGCAUUUUAAAAUUUAUCAUUUAAGUCAAUAUUAGUUUUAUUCAAAAAUAAUAGCAUUUUGCAAUGUUAAUCUCUCUCUUGAACUUUGUAUCUAAUGAGUUUUAAAAAUAUAAAACCUAACCUUCUUGUUAAG